AUGAGUGGUACUGAAUCGCAGAAGGAAGUGUUGGGAGGCAGCAGUGGAACUGCUGAAGAGAAACCAAAGAUAGUCCUUGAGAGAGGUGGUAAGGUCAAGGAAUUUGACCCUGAAACCCUGAGGAGACCCCACACGGUGAUUCACGGAGGCACAUUCGAGCGGAAAGUGCUAGGAGACCAGCCUGGCGGAAAUGCUGGUGGCCUGCUUAGGAACGAUCAUAGACCGCAGUCGGAUGAGAGACAACCUGUAGGGAAAGAUUAG